ACGAGCAAGUCAAUACGAGAGCGCACAGCGCAGCGAGCAGAUCAACUAAGUGAGCAGCGAGCGAAUGGCUCUGGCGCGGUGCAGCGGCGUGCUGGGCAACCCGCUGUCGGUGGACUUCUGGGCGGACGCGGACCCUUUCGGCGGCGCCGUCCGCGCCCUGGCCGAGCGCUGCCCCGAGCUCACGAACGUCCGCGUCGACUGGAAGGAGACGCCAGCCGCGCACGUCUUCACGGCCGACCUCCCCGGCGUCCGGAAGGGCGACGCCAAGGUGGAAGUCGUGGACGGCGACGUGCUGGUCAUCAGCGGCCAGCGCGCCAAGGAGGAGGAGGAGGGUGGCGGCAAGGACGAGCGGUGGCACCGGGUGGAGCGCAGCAGCGGCGGGUUCGAGAGGAGGUUCCGUCUGCCGGGGGGCGUGAGGGUAGACGGGGUGAGCGCGUCCAUGGAGGACGGCGUGCUGACGGUCACCGUGCCCAAGGAGGAAGAGGCCAAGAAGCCGCAGGUCAAGGCCGUGGAGAUCCAAGGCUGCUGAGACCACAAGGGUCAUGGUUGGUUAGUCUCAAAAAAAAGGGAUAUACAUGGUCGAACUAUAUGCAUAUGGCUACACACGACCUACGUACGUGCUGUUACACCUAUGUUGUUUGCUAGGUGAGCGUGCUCAGUGUACUUG